CACAGCGGGACACAGCUGCAAGCACAGCUGCUUCAAGCUUGUUGACAAAGAACUACCAUAUUUUCGUCUCGUAAAAAAACUUCCAAUGGAAAAAUAAAUCUCUCUUAGAAUAGAAGUAUAUAAAUCCCAAUUCUAGAUUUUCAGCAUGGAUGAUGGUGAGGAGGAUGAGGAAGAUUAUGGCGAAGACGAACCCUUGCACUGGGUCGACUGCAACGAAACUGAGCAAGAUUUGGCCAAAAUGCAGCGGCUGCUUAGUCGAAACCCUUCAUGCCUAAACUCGCACCACCCUGCCAACAGCAACGCCACCCCUUUGUUCAGGGCAGUCUCCUAUGGGCAUCCUGUGUGCGUCGAGUUUCUGCUGAACGCCGGUGCCGAUCCAAACCUCGACUCGCCCACAGCUCCGGUUCACAUCAGCAUUUUUGGGGACUUGCCAGAUAUUACAGAAAUUUUACUGAAAAAUGGGGCAUCUGCCAACGCAAAUGCAUAUGCAAACAGGUGUGCCUACAUUGUGAGUGCUGCUAGAAUUAGAGCUGUGGAUACUGUUCGAUUGCUGCUCGACUACGGAGCUUUCACUGAAGAUCUUGAUUACCUCCAAUCAUAUAAGGAUGGAAUUGCUGACAGUAUGAACAGCAUCCAGUCAUUUUUCCUGGGCACUCCUUUGGCCAUAGCAGCCCUCGAAGGCGACCUGGCCAUUUUCCGCCUGCUCUUGCUCCGAGGCGCCCUUCCCACCAUUCACACAGAGCAGCACAAUGUGGUCCAGGCAGUGCAGGACGCCCACAGUGUGCCGCGCCUCUUGGCACACGAGUGCACUGCCAGCACCAACACCAAAUGCAGAAUUCUGCGAACCUUCCACCAGUUUGGUGGAGACCCUUUGCAGCGCCUUCGAAACGGAAAAUCUGCCUACUCCAAACACAAACAAAGAAAUAAAGACUUGAGAGCCCUGGCGACUGAUCUGAGCGGCACACCCCGCACCUUGAUGGCCAUUUGCAGACUGGUUGUUCUCAGAGCCAUCGGCAAAGACUAUUUGAACCGAGUUCAACUCUUGAGGGGACUUUUGCCCAAGACUGUGUGUGAUUUCCUUGAAUUUCCCGAGGAAAAUUGAUCAAAUAAUAUAAAGUUUGUAAAAUUCAUUAUUUUGAAUUAUUUCUAUGUGAUUUUCAAGUGAAAAGUUUCAAUAAACUUUGAAGUUUAUAAUUAUGAAA